GCAGCCCAAAACGAGCCUGCAGCUUACGGCAGCCCUCGCGUGGCAUUUGUUCCUUCGCACGGAAAUAAUUCCUCGGCGACCCUAUUCCGGGGCCAGCUUGGACAGCGCAGCGGCAUCUCACAGCGCGCGGGAGGGGCAGCCCAACACGAGCCUCCAGCCGCUUACGGCAGCGAACACGGACCGCGGACUCGGGCAGCGAACGCCUGCCGCCGCGAGCAGCAAGGACCAAAAAUGAGCGCCCCCGCGACGGCCCGCUCAGGGGCCAGCAACACCGCCACGAGGACGAGUCUACCGCAGACGUACUCGACAGGAGUAACGGCGCGAGAACGCCCGCCCCUGCCGCGACUCGGGAACGGCUACGAGCCGCCCGGGAAGCUCGAUUGCUUCGCGGAUGGAACGCCAGCUCUGGGAGAACCCCUGCCGGAGCAGUGGACGGAGACCAUCAAGAAGAAAAAAAAGAAAGCAAGGAAUCCCCGGAAGAAGAUGCCUCCGGAAGUGAUGGACGCCGUGCACGAGAAAUUGGUCGAAGCGACCAAUAGAAGAUGUGACCCUGACCGGGGCGAUUUGUUCGAUGUCGCCGACAAGGACGCGAGCGGCACGAUGGAGCUCGACGAGCUCAAAAAACUGGUCAGAGUGACUUUACGGAUACCGCCCGGCGAAUUGAGCAAUGAUAUGAUCAAGGGCGUCUUCCAAGCGAUCGACUACUCGGGGAAUGGGAGCAUUGAAACGUCCGAAUUCGAAGCGUUCCUCGAACAUGGGUCGAGUGUCAUGCACAUGUCGCAACAGAUCACGGAAGUAGUUACCAGUGUAGUGUGGCCGGUGGAGACCAAUCCAUCUGCUGGUACUGUUAGGAUGAGGGAGCUCGACAAGCCGUUCUUAGAAGAUGCUCUCAGAGAAACUAGGAUGGAGAACAAAAAAGAUGAGGAGGUUUUAGGGGAGAAGCUCGUGUUCAACCUCGCGAAACAGACGUCCAAGGGCCUCAAGGAGCAUCUGGGCGUGCACUGCGAGAUGACGAACGUCGCCAAUGUGGUUCGACUCGCGAUACGGAACGAAAACAAAUCUGCGGCGGAGAUUGAUGAGAUGAGUAAUGGGGAGGAGGUCCGGAAAGCGCGCGAGGUGUUGAAAGCGGUGCGCCAGUUCAAUUUGCGGAAGGUCGCGAAGCUAAUGAAUGUUGACGUGCCACAACCGCCGACGUGGGGCGGGCGAUCUAGGGUGCAGACGAGCGAGGACCCUGCGGUCUCGCUCCGGCGGCUAGUUAAGUAGGCUUAUGCAUCUUCGCUC